AUCCAAAUGUUCAAAGCUCUCCUCUACAAAAGCGUGUAGCUUUUUUAGAAUCUAAAGGUUUAACUUCCGAGGAAAUUGAAGAGGCAUUGAGGAAAGCUAAAGGUGAUGAGAUUACCAAGAAUACCGAAGUUGCCCUACCACAAAAUGCUCAAGCUAAUAAUGGCCCUUCAAGUGGUCAACCUGUAGUUAUGCAGCCUCCUCCGGUUCCAAGAAUGGACUGGAAAGAUUAUUUCAUUGCCGCUGUUCUUGUUGGUGGCAUUGGCUAUGCGAUCGUUGCGAUCGCUAAGAAAUAUAUUACUCCUCUUUUGACGUUACCAACUGCUGAAGAGCUUGAUCGAGACAAACAACUUCUUACUGAUCAGUUCACAACUGCUUCUGAAACUUUGGACACUGUCAAACUUGAUAUCCAACUUGUUAAAAAAAGCAUUGAAGAACAAUCUUUUAAAGUUAGGGAGGCUUUAGAGAGAUUGGAUAAUAUGUUGAAAAAUUUAAAGGAUCAUGAAAUAAAAAAAGAGGCUGAACUUAGAAAUUUAAAAGAAGAUGUAGACACAAUACGAGACUUGAUUCCAAAGUCUCAAUCUCAAUCCCUAAAUGAUUUACAACAAGAACUCAAAUCAUUAAAAUCUCUUCUUGCAAAUAGACGGACUCUUUCUAAUGAUGUAUUACCAUCGUCUCCGACAUCAACUGUUACCCCAACUUCUCCUAUUGUUCAAUCUAUAUCCUCUCAUCCUGGAAUUACUUCGGACCGUCCAACAAUCCCAACCUGGCAAAUGACAAACAACACUUCCACUGCAUCAAAAGUUCCUUUGGAUUAG